AUGAAAUACGUGCUGGUUUCGGGAGGAGUGAUCUCGGGUGUGGGCAAGGGCAUCAUUGCGUCCAGCACGGGCCUGCUGCUCAAGUCGAUGGGCCUGACGGUGACGAGCAUCAAGAUCGACCCGUACAUGAACAUUGAUGCGGGCACGAUGGCGCCGACGGAACACGGCGAGGUGUACGUGACGGAUGACGGCGGCGAGAUGGACCUGGACAUUGGGCACUACGAGCGGUACCUGCUGACGACGCUGACGCGCGACCACAACCUGACGACGGGCAAGAUCUACCAGCAGGUGAUCGAGCGUGAGCGUCGCGGCGACUACCUGGGCAAAACGGUGCAGGUGGUGCCCCACUUGACAAACGCAAUUCAAGACUGGAUUGAGCGUGUGGCCAAGGUGCCGGUGGACGAGUCGGGCGCGCAGCCGGACGUGUGCGUGAUUGAGCUGGGCGGCACGGUGGGCGACAUCGAGAGCGCGCCGUUCAUCCACGCCAUGAGCCAGUUUCAGCGACGAGCGGGCAAAGGCAACUUUCUGCAGAUCCACGUGUCCUACGUGCCUGUGAUCCCGCCAGGGCCUCAUGGCGAGCAAAAGACGAAGCCGACGCAGAGAGCGGUUGGGGACGUGCGCAGUGCGGGUUUGAACCCGGAUAUUAUUGCGUGCCGCUGUGAGCGUCCGCUGGAGGACUCGGUGAUUCAGAAGAUUGCCAACAUGUGCCAGGUGGAGACGAAGCAGGUGCUGACGGUGCACAACGUGUCGACGACGUACCACGUGCCGCUGCUGCUGCGCAACCAAAAGUUCCGCGAGAGCAUCAGCGGGCUGCUGGAGCUGGAGGCCGUGCCACGGGCGCCGGAGCUGGUGGUGCGCGGCGAGAAGAUGUGGCAGCGGUGGGUGGAACUGACGCGCGGACAGGACAGCAGCGUGGACACGGUGACGAUUGUGCUGGUGGGCAAGUACACGACGCUGGAGGACGCAUACAUCAGCGUGGGCAAGUCGCUGGAGCACGCGGCGAUGUACUGCAAGAAGAAGCUCAACCUGGUGUGGGUGGACGCGUCGAAUCUGGAGGACGCAGCACUGGAGGCAUCGCCGGCCGAGUUCCACAAGGCGUGGCACGCGGUGUGCACGGCGGACGGCAUCCUGGUACCAGGCGGCUUUGGCGUGCGCGGCACCGAGGGCAUGAUCAAGGCGACGACAUGGGCGCGCACCAAGAACGUGCCUUUCCUGGGCGUGUGCCUGGGCAUGCAGCUGGCCAUUGUGGAGUAUGCGCGCAACGUGUGCGGUAUUGCUGGAGCCGGCAGCGAGGAGCUGCACCCGGGCUGCGAGAGCCCGGUGAUCGUGUACAUGCCUGAGGUCGACCGGACGAAGCUGGGCGGGACCAUGCGUCUGGGCAAGCGGCGCUGUGUCUUCCAGCCCGACACGGCCGGCUGGUCUCGCUUCCGGGCGCUCUACGGCGACGCGGCCGAGAUUGAGGAGCGCCAUCGCCACCGCUAUGAGGUCUCGCCCGACAUGUUUGAGCGGCUGGAAGCGCCCAAGGACCUCGUCUUUGUCGGCAAGGACGAGAAGGGCGAGCGCAUCGAGGUCAUCGAGCUGCGCAGCCACCCCUUCUUUGUGGGCGUGCAGUUCCAUCCUGAGUAUCUCAGCCGCGUCCUGGCGCCCAGCAAGUCGUACCUGGGUUUCUUUGCGGCUGCUGCCGGCGUGCUGGACGAUAUAACCGCUCGCUUCAACGGCAAGGAGGCGACCGUUUGA